AUGUUUUCUCCUAUUCCUCUCUUUCUCCCAAUCUUCUAUUCUUUGUCGCUAUCUCUUAUUUUCUUUACUAUGUCAUUUUACACUCUCCCUCCCUUUCUCUCUCUAAAACAGCAGCUGAAAAUAAUCAUAAAUCAGCCACCAUCUUUUUUCUAUUCUGUCUUUGUUGUCUUUCUUUUUCUUGUUACUUUCUUUCUGUUUUUGUUUCUUUCUAACAUUUUAUUCAUUUUAUUUUUCUUUAUCUUUUUCCUUUCUUUUACUUUUUCACUUUCUCUCAAUUUUUAUUCCUUUCUUUAUACUCUUUGUUUUUUCUUAAUUCACUGCCGUUCUUUUCCUUUUUUUGCUUUCUUUCCAUUUUUGUUCUUUUUUAUUUUCUAUUUCUUGCCUUUUUUUCUUUUUUACUUUCUUUCUAUUCUUUUUGUUCUUUCUUUCUUUAUUUCUUUUUUGCUUUUUGAAUUCAUAGUCUUUUCUUUUUUUCUUUUUGUUCUUUCUUUAUUUCUUCCUUUUCUUUUAAUUUUUAUUCCUUUCUUUCUUUGUCACUUUUUCUGUUUUAUUUUUCUUUGUUAUUUUCUCCUUGCAUUCAUUUUUCUCUCUUUCUCUAAUUCUUUUCUUUUAUUACUUUUUCCUCUUCCUUUCUUUUUCAUUUUUCAAUCUCUUUCUGUCUUUAAUUCUCCUCUUUUCCAUUUCUUUCUUUUUCACUUUUCCAUCUCUUUCUAUCACUAUUUCUUCUCUUUUCCAUUCUUUCUUUCUUUACUUUCCUGUUUUUUUGUUUCUAUUUCCUUUCUUUUCUAUUUCUUUCUUUCUUUUUUACUUUUCCCUUUCUUUCUUAGCUGA